ACCGGUGCCUUUAUUAAUGAUGUCAAGAUCUCUAAAAAAGGAUGGGUUAUACCCGGUCAACGUUCUCAAUUCUUUGAUAUCACUCCUGAAAAUUAUACACUUCAAUUACAAGCCAUGACAGCAGAAAAACUCGAAUUCAAUUUACCUGCUGUAUUUACCAUUGGUCCAAAAGAUGAUGCCAAAAGUUUAGAAAAAUAUGGUAAAUUAUUAUCAGCCAAAGAUAAAAAUUCAGAUCAUGUUAAAGAUUUGGUUAGAGGUAUCAUUGAAGGUGAAACAAGAGUUAUCGCUGCUGCUAUGACUAUGGAAGAAAUUUUCCAGGAGAGAAGAGGAUUUAAAGAUAAAGUUAUUAAGAACGUUCAGGCUGAAUUAGAGCAGCAAGACACACAAGGAAGUGAAUAUUUCGCAUAUAUGCGAAAAAAAACUCAUGAAGGUGCUAUUAAUCAAGCUAAAGUAGAUGUUGCUGAAGCAAAAUACAAAGCCGAUACUGUCUUGAUUGAAAAUGAACGAAAAAUAUCCAUCGCUCAAGCAGAAAUGACCUUGUCUACUAAAAAAUCUGAAUAUGAUCAACAAGUUAAGAUCGCUGCUAUUGAAUCCGAGCAAGCCGCUAAGAUGCGACAAGCAGAACUUCAAAAAGAAGUCGAAGAACGUCGACUUUUAUCCGAAACUGAACGUCUUAGAGUUCAACAUGUUGCAAAAGCCACUGCUGAAUUUGAAGCUGCAAAAGCUAUCGCAAAUGCUAAACUAUAUACCGCACAAAAAGAGGCCGAGGCUGAAUUGUAUAAGAAACAAAAAGAUGCUGAGGGUGUAUUAGCUCUCUACAAUGCUCAGGCCGAAGGUAUUAAGAAUUUAAUGCAAGCAUUUGGCGGUGAUAGGCAAGCUGCUCUUCAAUACGUAAUGAUUGAAAGAGGUGUAUAUCAACAAUUGGCCAAAGAAAAUGCACAAGCUAUUCAAGGUCUCAACCCGAAAAUUACUGUUUGGAAUACUGGUGACCCUAAUGGAAAUGUAAAUAAUGCAAACCCUAUUGCCAAUAUUUUCCAAAGUUUACCUCCAUUAUUCGAUAAAU